AUGGCAACUCCUCAGAUACCAGAUUGUAAAAGACCGUUGGGAUUGGAAAAAGGCCGAAUAUUGAAUGGGUCCAUAACAGCCUCUUCCCAAGAAAAUGAAAACGCUGGACCUGAAAAUGCCAGACUUAACUUUAAAGGGGCAUGGAGCCCACUAGACAUUGAACAGAACCAGUGGCUGCAGGUUGACUUUGGAGCUGAGACACGAGUUACGGGCAUUUCUACCCAGGGACAUUAUAACUUUGAUACUUGGGUUGAGAGUUACACACUGAGAUACAGUGAUGAUGGCUCAAACUUUGAACAUUAUCAGCCAGAGUUAUACACCAAGACUUUUUCAGGGAACAAGGACAGAAACAGCGUUGUCAGUCAUGAGCUCGUCCCACCAAUACAAGCACCGUACAUCAGAGUUAUUCCUGAGUCUUGGCACUACUAUAUAGCUUUGCGGCUGGAGUUCUAUGGCUGCCUUGCAAGUUCUUCUUCAUCUACUGAGAACGAGUUAGGUUUUCCUAGCCCCACACCGCAACCAUAUUGUGAAAAAGACUUAGGAAUGCAAAGUUAUGCUAUCCCAGACUCCUCAGUGACGGCCUCCAGCAUGCUUUGGGCGUUUGCUAAGGCAGGUAAUGGACGGCUUCAUUUGAUUUCAACUCCUGGAGAAAAUGAUGGCGGAUGGAUAGCAGAACCGAACAAAGAAGAGAACAGCUGGUUUCAAGUGGAUUUUGGACAUUGGACUAAGGUGACAGCAAUUUCAACUCAGGGCAGACAAGGUUUCUUUUUCAACUGGGUAACAAAAUACGGCGUGUCCUACAGUUACGACGGGAUAUUUUUCAUGGAUUAUAAAGAGAAUGGAGAAGUUGCAAAGAUUUUUGAUGGAAACACAGAUCAAAACACAGUGGUAAAUCACAAGCUGAAGCAUCCCAUCAUUGCCCGCUACAUCCGAAUCAUUCCAAUAGACUACCACAACUUGAUUUCCUUGAGAGCUGAGUUUUAUGGCUGUAGAUCUGGUAAGUAUAGUAGUCGUUGGCUCCAAAGUAAGAUUUAUGUUUACCGCUCAAUGAACCUUCAGAGCGUUUUCGGUUUUCAUUUAUUUAGACAGGAAUAGGUAGGGUACUUUGCAGAAGGAGAAAGGGUUUUCAACUCCAAAUUUACAAAACAAAAGCUAGCUAUAAAUCAAAAGCCUCACACCCUUGAAAUUAAACAGUUCGAGACAUCUUUUAUAUCUGCAAAACCUUUUCUGUCACAGGUAAUAACGGAGUUUUAAUCAAUCAUCAAUCAAUCCCUAGCUCAGUUAUUGGUAGUGGCCAGUACUCUUUGCUCUAUUAGCAGUUAAUUAACUCUCCGCAGGUUUUCCAGUUCCCAAGAUCUCCGGUUGUAGAA